AUGAAGGCCAAAAGAGGAGGGAGAUUUAAGUCUUCCUUUAAACUGAAACAAAAAGGUAUUGAAGUAAUAGGAAAAUGGAAAACUGUGCAAAUCGACCCUAAUCUAUUUGCUGAUGAGGAGUUUCGAGAUAUAGUGUGCUUGGAGGAACUUACAGAGUACAAACUAGUAAGUUCCUCCAAAGUGGGGAAAGUAAAAGAGAAAAAGAGAAAGACUGAGAGUGUUUCAGAAGAAGGCCAUGAGGAGGAGGAAGAACCUGUCGUCCCUCCCAAAAAGAAAAAGAGAAAAAAAGAUUUGAGAAGCAAAACAGAUAAAAGCGGUGAUCCUAAUGCAACAGAAAUUGAUGUGCUGGCUCAUAAAGAGGCAAAGUGUAACAAAAUAAUUGAAGCAGCAGAUUGCGAGGACCAUGGACAUGUGGCUGAGAGCACUUCAAGCAUAAAAGAUGCUCCAAAGAAAAAGAAAGUACCUAAAAAUAAGACUUCUCAAGGUCAAGAAGCUCUUCCAUCAGUAACUACUUCUAAAAAAGUUAAAAACUGGACAACAGAAGUUUUAUCUGCAUCAGCUGAUCACAAAGCUGAUGUGUCUGCGUGGAAAGACCUGUUUGUACCCGAACCAGUGUUGCGGGCCUUGAGUUACCUGGGGUUUAGUGCUCCAACUCCUAUUCAAGCCUUAGCCUUGCCUUCUGCCAUCCGGGAUAAUAUGGAUGUUCUUGGUGCUGCAGAAACAGGAAGCGGCAAAACGCUGGCAUUUGCAAUUCCAAUGAUUCACUCUGUGCUGCAGUGGCAAAAAUCAAAUAGCUCAACAACCAGAAAUGACAGUGUUUCUAAAGAGUCCCAUCAGCAUCAUGAUGAAACAAGAUGGGAAAAUGAGGAUGAAGCAGAAAAACUAACCCAUCAGCAGGCUGAAGAUAGUGGAGAUGAAGAUGAUGCAUCUUUCACAACAGGCUGUGUGAAGGUGCUGGAAGAAUUUGAUUCCAGUGACGAGACACAUACUAUUGGCUCCCAUAAAAAGAAACCUCUUCUAGGACUGGUCCUUACUCCCACAAGAGAAUUAGCUGUGCAAGUAAAACACCACAUUGAUGCAGUUGCAAAGUUUACGGGCAUUAAGACUGCAAUUCUAGUUGGAGGCAUGGCUGCACAGAAGCAAGAACGUGUACUGAAUCGAAAGCCAGAAAUUGUAAUUGCAACCCCAGGCCGUCUGUGGGAGUUAGUUAAAGAGAGACACCCACAUCUUUCAAAUCUUCGGCAGCUCAGGUGCCUUGUGAUUGAUGAAGCAGAUCGAAUGGUUGAGAAAGGUCACUUCUUAGAGCUGUCUCAGUUGCUGGAAAUCUUAAAUGAUUCACAGUAUAACCCUCAACGACAGACUUUUGUGUUUUCUGCCACUUUGACUUUAGUCCAUCAGACUCCCACAAGAGUUUUACAGAAAAAGAAUGCUAAAAAGAUGGACAAGACCACCAAACUAGAAUUGUUAAUGGAAAAAGUAGGAAUAAAGGGCAAACCCAAGGUGAUAGACUUAACAAGGAAAGAGGCUACUGUUGAGACUCUGACAGAAACCAGAAUCCACUGUAAUACAAAUGAGAAGGACUAUUAUCUCUAUUACUUUCUUCUCCAGUAUCCAGGAAGAACCAUGGUCUUUGCAAACAGCAUAGACUGUGUAAAGCGCCUCAGUUCUCUCCUCACAAUCUUAAAUUGCGAUCCUCUUCCUUUGCAUGCCAACAUGCACCAAAAGCAAAGGCUGAAAAACCUAGAAAGGUUUGCUGAGCGAGAGAGCUGUGUCCUCCUGACAACAGAUGUUGCAGCUCGUGGUCUUGAUAUUCCCAAUGUGCAGCAUGUCAUCCACUACCAGGUCCCUCGAACUUCUGAGUUGUACGUACACAGAAGCGGCAGAACAGCCCGAGCUGCCAAUGAAGGCCUUAGUCUAUUGCUGAUCGGCCCUGAUGACUUGAUCAAUUUUAGGAAAAUUUAUAAAACGUUGGAGAAGAAUGAAGAGCUGCCAUUUUUCCCCGUUGAAACCAAGUGCAUGACUUCUAUCAAGGAGCGGAUGAAUUUGGCACGGCAGAUUGAGAAAGCAGAAUUUUUCAACAGUCGGGCAAAGCAACACAACUCCUGGCUCCAGCAAGCUGCAGAGGCACUUGAGAUUGAUCUUGAUGAUGACAUGUUAAUGGGCAAAAAAGCUAGCGAGGAAGAAGAAAGCCAGAAGCAAAAGAUGCUGAAGGGGAUGAAAAAGCAGCUAAAACAUAUGUUGUCCCAGCCACUGUUUAAAGUCCUUAUGAAAACUAAGUACCCAACACAGUCUGGAAAACUACUCUUGCCUCAGACAUCAGUGGGUAUUUCAGAAUCUGCUCUGGGUACCGUGUCCAAACAACAAGCCAAGAAGAAGAAAUCAGUAAAAUUAAAUUAG